GAAAAUAUAGUCACCCCGAACAGGACGGGAAUCUGCUUCUACUUUACGGUUCUUUCAGUUCGUAUUCUCAACACCUUUACUCGCCUGCAAACAGCCCCCAAACUUCUCUUUAGAUCGACGACGGCUAGAGCAACGACGAUAUAUUGCCGUCAAGAUCGUUUCUUUUGAUUGGUCUUUGCGUUUCUUUUUGCGUUUCGUCGGCUUCCGUUUCGGGUUGUCCUUAAUUUUGAUUACGGCCUAGGGUUUCGAGACCUCCACUGGACAAGGAAAAGCAGAUAGGAAGAGCGUUUCGGGUGUUUGACAGAGAUGAGUGAUGUCUUUGAAGGAUACGAGCGGCAGUACUGCGAGCUCUCCGCUAAUCUUUCACGAAAAUGUAAUUCUACUGCGCUUCUUACCGACCAAGCAGAGCAGAAGCAGCAAAAGCUUUCUGAGAUUAAGGCAGGAUUGGACGAUGCUGAUGUUCUGAUUCGGAAAAUGGACCUCGAAGCUAGAAGUUUGCAGCCAAGUGUGAAGGCUGUGCUUCUUGCUAAGUUACGGGAAUAUAAAUCUGAUCUAAAUCAGUUGAAAAAGGAAUUCAAAAGAAUAACAUCACCAACUGCUAGUCAGGCUGCUCGUGAAGAGUUGUUGGAGUCUGGAGUUGUAGAUUUGCAUUCGGUAUCUGCCGAUCAAAGAGAGAGAAUGGCAAUGUCAGUUGAGAGAUUAAAUGAGUCGAGUGAAAGAAUUAUGCAGAGUAGAAGAACCAUUUUUGAAACUGAAGAACUUGGUGUCUCAAUUCUCCAAGAUCUGCAUCAACAGCGUGAAACUCUUCUGCACUCGCAUAAUAAACUUCAUGGAGUAGACGAUGCCAUUGACAAGAGUAAAAAAGUUUUAACUGCUAUGUCAAGGAGGAUGACGAAACACAAAUGGAUCAUUGGCUCGGUGAUUGGGGCUCUCAUUUUGGCAGUCAUCUUGAUUCUAUAUUUCAAGCUCUUUCAUUGAUUACUACAUGACCUCGUCUGUGGUGGAGUAUACAUGGCAAGUUGUUCGAGCGCUUUGUAAAGACUUAUGGAUGGUAUCAUUGCCAUAUCUCCCGUUUAUGCUUUGUCUGUUUCAAUGUGUUUUUAUGAUUCUGUAAUUAUACUAUUCAAGUCAGUGUUCUGUGUAUGUAUGAUUUCGUGUUGCAUAUAUGCUUCUGGUAGAAUCACUGGGUGAAGCAGUCAAUGGAAGUAUGAAAUAUUUUCAGAAAAACAAAUCUAAUAAGAGAAGUGGCUAUUUUUUUAUGUUGUUAA